AGCGUGUGUGCGUUGGUGAUGCGUAAAGUGUUGGUGGUUGAUGAUGGUUGGUGAUGGUGGUGAGCGUUUCCGAGUGACGGAAUUCUUAAUGUGAAGCAACCGGAAGCCCGAAGGGAAAGCAGAAAAUGAAACAAAAUUAAGGCUAGCUAAUUAUUUACACCGUCACCGUGCCUCACGUCCAUCACCUUAUGGUGUAGAGAAUAAUUACGAAGUGGUUUGAAAGGAAUGUUGCCUACUGCGAUGUAUUCGGUUCAUGGAUGAUGCUGCUAGAACCGGAAGUGAAAGCUCAAAUUAUCUUCGACACACUCCGGCGUGCAUCACAGCUAACCAAGCUUGACAGUUUGCAGGUGUGAGCGUGAACUGAGCAUAACAUCUUGGCAAACAACGUGUCAUAUGUGUGCUCUCGGAAAUGGUUGGAAGAAAAAAAAAAACAAAGGCCGCACAAGCAAUAAAAUAAAAUACUUUCACUGAAUGAUUUCUUUCCUUGUGCGAGAGAACGAACGGUUUCGAAGCCGGUUAGCAGCUCUCAGUGGUAGUUGAUAAUAGUUGUUAGUUUGUCCGGGGGUGUGAUUAACGAGGGAGUUUCGGACGUACUUUAUUCGAUUGUUGGCAUUCUUUCGGCCCACACACAAACACACAAGCGUGUGGUAUGAUAUCCUAAGAAGAAAAAAAAACACAGCAUGACGUCCCUUAGUAUACUGCCAACACGAUGUGUUGAAAGGUAGGGCUUCGGAUAAAGGUGUCCUGCUGCGUUUGGCAUAUCCACAGUGUUUCUCCUAUCGCACCUAUCGCGUGUUAACACAAAUUUGUGUUCGCUUUUUUGUUGUAGUAGUUGCUGCUGCUGCUACCGCUAGUGCUAUCCACUCCAAACGGACAAAUGGCUGAAAAUGGCGGUUAGCGGCGCUAGCUUCCCAACCACCGGACAUGAAAGGGCACGGAAAGACUCCAUAGUUGUCACGCCGACGAUCCUGGUGGGCUUUUGUUACGUUGCGUGCUCGAUUCAUGUUGUGUUCUAAAAGGGAUGUAUUUUUAUGUUUUUUUUCUGUUGCUUCCUUUCGCUCUAACGCAAGCCGGAAUGGUGCAAGGGACAUAAAAAAGGAUACGAUAAAACGAUAUUGCCAUUGCUCAGGUAUCGUGUUUUUUCCCCCGCACUGCUGGACGUUUACUAUGUGGAAUGAAAUAGCGGCCCCAUCAGCAGCCAGGUGAGCUGGUGAGCUAGAAAAAAGCAAUAAUGGACGAGUUUUAUACGCGUGGCAAACUCGGCGUUUGCGUGUGUAGAGCCUACCCAGGGAAGGACUACCCAGGCAAAGCGAGAUGGGAUGCUCGGACAAAUUAUCCCGGCCCUGUUCACCAGCUCGUGCAAGCGCCACCACUUCGAAUGCCAUUUGAGACAAAUUAAAGAAGCACUAGGCACAAGGCAGAGAGAUAGUUAGGCAACCGUCGGAUGUAAUUACUGUAACCGUUUCCACCAAGUGGAAGUCUCACCGUAAUUGGAAGUGUUGUGCUGUGCCCCCGUAACGCACCGGAUGUACUCCGACAUCGCGCAGUUUUGCAUUGUACGCGAUCUCACCAACUCAACAAAACACAUAAGGAUACUACCGCUACUCGAAGAAAGGAAGCAACCUACGUGAAAAUUGCCAUCAGCAUUUGUUGUAAAACUACCCGGCUGGUAAAGGCAGCCUAUUAUUGAAACGACGACAUUAUCCUUGUUAGCGUCAUCAUAAGGCAGGAACAUCGAAGGAGACGAAAGACUUGCCAAGCCUCAGCCAGAAUCGUCCCAGGCCACAUCCUUUCGAGCCGUGUUGCUGGCAAACAGAAUGGGGGAAGAUUGGGGCAGGCGAAACAAUGGGCGGGUGUUCGUGAAGGCUCGCCGAGCAAAAUAAAUACGACAACAGCAGUACAUCUACUCGAAAAAAUCUCGAUUACUGCUAAUAGCGGAUAGUGGCAGCAUGCUGAUGAGGGUAGACAACGCGGGAAAGGAAAAUAAAAUUAAAGAAAAGAAAGAAAAAAACAAAACGGUCUGAAGUGGAAAGCAAAACAAAAGAUCAGCACGACCCCACGCGCAUAAGCGUGUCGGAAAAUGAGUGGAAACCGGUCUGACAGAAGAAUGUAGAUGGAAACAAUACUAAAAGUGUACUUAUGAAACAGCAGAACGAAACGGUACACAACGACCACGGGUACACAAGAAGCGAGAAACUGUGUAAGAAGUUGAGAGCAGCACAAGGAAUGAACAAGGCAAGAAACAAAACAAGAAACGUUCGAAUACAGUGUUCCUUGUUUUGUGCUUUACUUCCGCUUGGCUGUUGUAUUUUUUUUCUCAUCUGCCCUGUCGCGACAGAAACCACCGAGGGGUGAAAAAUCUUUUACGUUUUUAUUUUAUCAUUUAUUUGCAUCGGUUCACUCUUUUCUAUAGCUUUACAAAAAAAUGGCGCCUUAAUUUUCCGCCUGCGUUUUACUACAAUGGAUAAGUGGAAGGAAAACGGUGCUUAUGGUGGUAGCUUCUCACACACUGUCAAGUAAUGGCGCGAUGCUCGACUCGAAUAAUCCUUCACGACAAAUAGGCAAUAACAAGCCAUCACAAUAACGCCAACCGUAAACAUCCACCCGAACAGUGCAGCGAGAGCUUAGAUAGGACGGGAUUACGCUAAUAAACCUUCUAAGCUGGUUUUCAUUAAUUAUCUGUUGCUAAUCUAGAUAUUCUUUUAAGAGUUAGGGCAUUUUUAAGAACCAUUGUCUUUAAAGGUGUAUUUUCUUUCUUUUUUUGUGUAUCGGUCUACGGCAGAUAUUGUAAAAACGUAACGAAAAAAAUGUUAUCGUCUUCUUGAAACCAAGUGAAAAAAAUUGUUUUACCAAGUGGUGUAAUAUUCAGUGUGAAGGAUUGAAAUGUUGUUGUAACUGUGAAUAAGUUUUAAUUUGCCAACAAAUAACUUAAAAGCGCAAAUUAAUCAAAAGUGAAAAUUAAUAGUGCUAAAGUGUGAAGAGUCGUAUAGAAGUGCUAGUUUGGAGCGAAAAGCCAUCGCGGAGUACCGCAUUUUCCACUUACUGUGUGUGUGUGUGUGUUCCGGUGCUUGAAGUGGUGUGUGUGCAUGUUUGUGUUUUUAUUCGUUUUUAUAGAAAAGUGAGCAAAAGUGAGAUCUGGGAAUAGAAAAGCUUUUAAUAAUUAAUGUGCGUGCACGUUGGUAGCAGAUUAUAGCAGUGCUUUUGAAGAGAAAAUCCAAUCCAGUUAACGAUGUGGCUGUUUGGAUUUUUAUUGAUCGUCAUCGUGUGCGCUGCCAAGUGUACGGAGGCGGACAUUUCGGUAGAAGCAGCGUUUCAAGGACGUUGUGGCCACGGGAGUCCUUGUGAGCAAUUGUGCUACGAGCUGCACGAUGGCAUGUACGAGUGCGACUGCUCGGAGGGAUUCGAGCUGAACAAAAAUGGCUAUAGUUGCCAAGAAAUCAACUCUACCUCCAGCGAUGAUAACGCAUCGAACGGUGAGGAGGAUGUUCUUUAUCAACGCGGUGCAUCAUUCAGUGCCAAGCUCGACAUAUCCGAUCUGCACAUAUCGAUGAAAUCGUUCGACGAUGACGAUGAUGAAGAUGAUGCCGGUGGCAGCGAAUCUAAGUCCCGGAACCAUCCGGCUAACGCGGGUAAUGUCCGGCAGGGAACAGCUAAAACUCGUCCACCGUCGAACGCAAACCCAAACAGCAUCGCACCGAGCGAUGAAUUAGCGCGAAGAAAGGCAAACCGUAAUUGGAAACUCGAGCCGUCCUCGAAGCAAUCGACGAAUAUCAAUGAGGGCCGGACUCGCUCAUCAAACCGCAAGGAAAAAUCCAUCCAAAACGAUGGCCUCCCGUCGCUAGUGACAGCAUUCGGUGACGGUGUGCGACACGAUCAGCAGCAGAAGACUUCCGCUACCCGAGGUGGUGGUGACCGGCGAAAGUUUAACGCACCAUCCGCCAGCAGCAAGAGACCGACCGGUACCGGUGUUGCUGACGGCACUGACACUGCCAAUAUGCCACUGGCGAGUGAUAUGGAAAUCAGUGGCAUAUCAUUACACUCACCCCUUGCCGGUGGGGAACGCGAUCGGUGGCAGCGUGCGGGCGUACCGGAAAUGGUAACGUCAUCGGCGUCAGCUGCACUGCUGGCGGUUGAUGAUGAUGCAUCGGAAAUAAGGGCACUGCCGUUGUUGGCUGGUUCGCAGGAAGACGACGGUAUGCAGAAGGUGCUGGUGAAUGUGCAGCGGGAUGGAAAAUUACCUCCGGAGGCGAUGGGGCGCAGUGUCGUGAGUCCCCAUGAGCCCAUCAUGCCGGGCGUUAGUGCUGACGGUUUGACAAUGCAGCCUGAGCCUCGCGAUAAUGCUACGCAACAAACAGCAGGAGACACUGCGAUAAGUCAACCAUGCACGCUUGAUUGUGGCGCGGAAGGCAGUUGUUACGUCUCAGCGGAAGGACCGUCUGUAUCGAUGCGAUGUCUGUGCACGUUUGGAAAAAUUGGCCCCCGUUGUGAAGAAGAUGCCAAGGUGAAUACUCCGCGGUUCAGCAAACAUUCUUGGGUGGCGUUUCCAGCCCUCAGAGGAGCGUACAAGCAUGUACAGCUACACAUCGAGUUCCGGCCGGAAUCGUUUGAUGGAAUUUUACUGCUGACCGGCGAGCGAGAUGAUUUGACGGGCGACUUUAUGGCACUGCUGCUUCAUCAAGGGUUCGUCGAGUUCUGGUUCGAUUGCGGCUCCGGCAUGGGUCGCGUCAAGUCAGAGGAAACAAUCGUAUUGAACCAAUGGAACACGAUCACCAUCUACCGGCAUCGUUGGGACGCGUGGCUCGUCCUGAAUCAGGGUAAUCGAGUGCAGGGUCGUUCGAAGGGUCUGUUUUCGCGCAUUACCUUCCGUGAGCCGGUGUUCCUCGGUGGAUACGGAAACAUCACAGGCCUGGACCGGAAGCUUCCCGUCAGCACCGGUUUUACCGGAUGUAUACGAAAGUUUGUCGCUAAUGAUCACGAUUACAACUUCCAGCAGGGUGCACUUGGCGACGUGUCUCAUGGAUUCGAUAUCCAGGAAUGCAUAACCGAUCGGUGCAGUCGCUAUCCAUGCCAGCACGGUGGUAAAUGUCUGCCGUCGGAUGACGGUGCCAUCUGUCUCUGUCCGCUGGGAUUUGGCGGUGAUUUAUGCGAGAUGCGACUGGAUUUACAGGUGCCUUCAUUCAACGGAUCAUCGUAUCUGCGAUAUGCCCCUCUUGGUGAUAGCUGUAUCAUAUGGUUCGAGCUCAAGAUCAUCAUCAAGCCGCUGCUAGAGGACGGACUGCUGCUGUACAGUGGGCACCACGAGUAUGGUGAUUACAUUUCGCUCUGCCUCAACAUGGGCUACGUCGAGUUCACGUACGAUCUGGGCAGCGGGCCAGCAACCGUCAGGAGUGAAUUUCCACUCACCAUGGGACAAUGGCAUACGAUAAAAGUGUCUCGAACGUCACGGUUGGCAGUACUGAAGAUUGAUCAGCUGCCGGAAGUGAUGACGGUGUCUCCGAACGGUUUCUGGCAUCUUUCGCUACCGCACAGCCUUUACCUCGGUGGCAUCCAUAAUGUGCACACGCUACCUACGAGUCUGCGGGAUAAAGGAUCGUUCGCCGGUUGCAUUCAGAAGGUCGACAUUAACGAUCGAACGAUUGCAAUCAUCUCGGAGGCACUCGGUGGUUCGAACGUGGAAAAUUGUCCACAUGCCUGUGUCGCUCGGCCGUGCGGUCCGCUUGCCAAGUGUGUCCCAAAUCUCGACACGUACGAAUGCCAAUGCAACCCGCAGAACCGUCAGUGCAACAAGGCCGAGGAGCUACCGUCGGAAGUAAUUGAAAGGCAGCAACGGUUGCUGAAGCACAAGCAGCAAGAACAGUCCGGCGCACACCGUGCGAUGAGCGCAUUGUACCCACCUGCCGCAUCGGAAGCAACGCAGCCCUUAACGACCCUCCCGGGAACUUCCCUCUCGACAACGCAAGCUCCUCCGGAAGACAGUACUUUGCCGCAUGAUAAUAAUCCGGCGGAUGUCGGUGACGGUAGCUCUGAGGAGAGUGAUGAGGGAUACAGUGAUUACUAUCAGAACGACGACGAUGAUGACGAUGAUGAUGGAGACGGUGAUGAUGAUGACAACUAUGGCACAUCGGGAAUGAGCAUUGGGAACGAUUACAAUCAACCGAGAGCGAGCAAAUGGACUCGCUAUCAGUCGGCUGCGGGUGAAAUAAAAACAGCUCCACCAGCAUCCACGGCUAAUGAGGCUGAUAAACAAUCGGCAUUCGCUGGCGAAGUGGAAACUUCCACGACGAACGUACCACUGACAACGGCAACGAGCGUGGCUGCAUCUACCGUCGCUAAUGAAAAGAUAAUCGUUUGGAUCGAUCGGCAGAAAUCAAAGGACUCAUUUUCCACGCAAUCGAAUGAUUACGCAGAUUACGGCGGUGGGGUAAUGUUGGUCGAAAGUGGCGAAGUGGCCGUGGAAGAAGAGCCAGACGUGGAGGUACAGCCGAAGAAGGACGAAAAGAACAAACCUCCAGUGGAUCGAGGGACCGGGGUUUAUGAUCCGAGCACCGGAACGAUGGUGGUUAAUGACCGAAAAAUGAUGAUGACGGCGAACGGUGGUGAUGAUGUUGAAGGUGAUAGCACGGGUGACAUGAUGCCGGAUGAUGAUGACGAUGAUGAUGGCGAUGGUGAUGAUGAUGAUGAUGAUGCGACACGGGACAACCGCAAACCGCAGGUGGACGCGAACGAACAGUCUUCAGCCAAACAUCACAAGACGGUGAAGAAUCGCGCCCUUCAUCGGCAGCAGCGGCGACGACCGGAAGCGAAACCGGAGACGUUGCCGACCAGCAAUAAGGAUACGGGCCGGCAUGAACCGUCGUCAACUUUCCACGACGACGACAACGACGACAGUAAUAGCGCUGACGAUGGAGCAGCUUACGAUGGUGAUGGGUAUGGAAAAGAUUACGACCAGCAUGGCGACCGAAUACCGUACCGACCCGAUUUUCUGCUCCACCGAAAAGGUAGCUGGAGGACGAACCGAGGGGACCGUCUGCAUCGGGGCCAGCAUGACGCGGGUUCCCGCACGGACGAGCCCGAGAUCGAUGAGACGCUGAUCGAGGAGAUGAACCGGAUUAUGAAAAAUCAUAACGACAACGACAACGACGCGGAUGAGACGCUCGAUAGCAGCUUCUGGGGUGUCGCAUUGGACGGUUUCGGUGAGUCGUCCCUAACGCAGCAUGAAUACGACAUGGAUACAGACGUUGAGGAGGGUCACGAUGGUGGUGAUGGUGACCGUCACCAUUCACAUCACGACCAUCAUGAACCGCGUACCGCCAGCCAUCAUCGCCGUCGUAAUGGAGUCGAGCAGGAAGGUGAAAGCGACCAGAAUGAAUCAAAGAACUUCAGCCCACGAAACCGUUACGGUCUGAGGGCGGAUCAACCGCACCAACAAGAGAAGCAGCAACAGCAGCAGCAGCAGCAGCAACAACCACAGGAAGACUCACGGCACGAUGAAGAUGACAUCCUGCGCAGUAUAAAGUACAAAAACAAAUACUUCCGGAAGUAUCAGGGCGCGUGUUUCACCGGCACGGACAGCUACUUCCAUUACAGUGACGCCGAAACGAUGCGGCGUGUCAUUAGCUACGAGAUUGAUUUGAAUCUGCGCUUCAAAACGCACUCCACGAACGGGCUGAUCCUCUGGACUGGCCGGCAUAGUGCGCUCGAGGGUGACGACUUCUUGUCGUUGGGCAUCGAAAAUGGGUACCUGCAUCUUCGAUACAAUCUCGGUUCGGGUGAAAUUAAUAUCAAAUACAAUGCCACCAAAGUCAGCGACGGACUAUGGCAUCGAGUGCGAGCGUUAAGGAACUCACAGGACGGUACGUUGAAGGUUGACGGCGGUAAGCCAAUCACCAGAAGAUCUCCCGGUAAGCUAAGGCAGCUCAACACGGACACCGGGCUGUAUGUCGGUGGACUACCGGCGGCAGCUCAUUACACCCGCCAGAGGUACCGGACCGGUAUGGUGGGCUGCAUCUCCGAGCUCAUCCUGGCCGGUGAGCUGCGGUUGAACUUUGACGCAACGAUACUGGGUACGGCACACAACGUCGAACCGGGCGCCCCAUGAAGGUAGAUGUCCUAGGUGCCUACCGUCCGUCCCUAGAUGCUCCGUUACCGUCACGGUUUGGCCAAAUCGGCCGUAGAACGUUACGUGCGGAGUGUAGUAUCACGGCAUCCCACCAAAGAAUGCGGUGUCCGUAGACAAUGGUGUAUAGACGGGAAUGAUGCACCAACUGAUAGAUUAUAGGCUAAACAAAGGUAAUUAAAAUACAUACACACAAACACACGCAGCAGACAAACGAGAAAACAAGUAGGAAAGCUAAACAAACCAAAGCGAAGCAACAUACUAGCAAAGUAAGUUAAAAGAAAACAAACACUUAAACACAUACACACACACGUACACAAACGUCCAAGCGGUGAAGAAAAAAAAGGGAGACAGUAUGAAAAGGAGAAAAUCGGAUGAGAAAACGGCCGAAUAGUUAAUUUCUCAGUGUAUAGAAACAAGCGAAAACAAUAUUUAUUAAUGAGCAUAAAAAAAACACACUAACACAAAAAAACCCACUAUAAACAAAACAAAAGCUGGCUUUAGAAGUAAGACGUGUGUGUUUGUUUGUAGGGAAGAAGAAAAGAAAAUGGAGGAAAAAUAAAAUGAACCAUUACCACUAGCAGACGAAACCGAGUGUGUACGGCGAUGGAGAGAAUGAAUGUGAACAAGAGAAGAAGAAAAAACCCUUUAAACAACCACUACACAUUUAAUGAAUGGGAGCGUACGGUUGGUAUCGAACGGAUUGAGAAUGAAAGAAUGUAGUGGUAAUGAGCAAAACAGCAACAAAAACUAUACGCGAGAAGUAUGAAUGUUAGUGACGUAUAAACCCAGACACCGAUUUUAGAAUUAACAAUUUUUGUAAACGUAGAAAACAAGACGCAUAAUCGCCGUGAACGGGAAACAGGAAACAGAACUGUUGUCGAAAGAGUCAAGGGUAAGUGGAGUUAAAUGUUAUCUUCUUUAGUUUUAUAAUUUAUUCUUUAUUUAAGGUUUAAAAGUUAUUUUUGUGAAAGUUCCACUGA